AUGUUGCUCCUACGGCCGUUGCCAAUUCUAUCUCUCGCUAUUUUAGCCAUAUUUGCACUCGCCAUUGCCGGCCUAUUCUUCUACCGCCGAGCCGACCACGAUGAAUCACACUGUGCAAGUUGCAUCGGUUAUGCCCUCAAAGUGAACAGCAUGAUCAGUGAUGCCGGGGAUAAUGUCCGCGGAAAUACGCAGUUCUUUCGAUAUGCAGUGGAUAAGGCCUGUGCGGGCCGGUUGCUGGAUGGUGGCCGCUGUCUGGAAUAUCGCAGAGGAUUUCUCAGGAAUAAAACGCGAUUUGCGUAUAGAAUUGAGGAUCCGUAUGCAGCUUGUCGGGCUAUCAGCGCAUGCUAG